UUGAUCAACAAGGCACGAAAAUUAUCCAUCCAACAGCCGGCCUGCCAAUUGGAGCAGACGAUAUUGCUGCACUUCUCCCUCCACCCGGAAUACUUUCUUGAUUCGACUUCCUUUCCAUCCCAUUUCCGAUUCGAUCAUCAUUAUGUGGGUUGCUCCGUUCAAAAGUAGCUUCCUAGCCAACCACCCUCUCACUUCAACUUUCAAACCCGCAAGAAAAACUUGUUUUACUACAAUAAGUGCACUCACCAUCUCAUGCAGACACAGCCCAGAUCAUGACCUCAACAAAGAUUCCCCCAGCAAGAAAAUUGACAACCAGCUGGGGAAAUUAGCAGUUGUGACAUUGGCAGCUGGGGUGCUGGCACUGGGGGCAGUUGAUCCUGCAUCAGCGGCUAAGUCUGGUGGGCGAGUCGGGGGACAGGCUUUUAAAUCAGCAGCUCCGCGUCCUUCUUCUCCAAGAAUCAAUAAUUCAAGGACCAAUAUUUAUGUAAACCCACCGGUUGCUCCUCCCCUCAUCGGAGGAUAUGGAUAUGGGUUCGGAGUUCCAUUUUAUGGUGGUUGGGGCUGGACGCCAUUCUCAUUCUUUGCUCCAGGUCCAAGUGUUGCAAUUGGCGUUGGCGGGGGAUUUGAUCUCUUUCUCUUGUUUUUGAUUUUGGGCGCUGUUUCCGCAGUCAUCAGAAGGUUUCUUUCAUCAAGGGACGAGGAUAUGGAUGAGUACUAGGCGGCGGCACGUCUAUGCUUCUGAGGAAAUUAGACUGCAAAUCUGUGGCCUUUAUACCAAACAUGGCAAAUCAUGUAUAUAUAGAUAGUUUUGCAGAUCACAUUCUAAUUAAAUUACAAGUACCACUUGGAAUUAAUUCCCAGAGCCAACUUCCUUGGCUAGGGAAGAUUUUCUUGUUUUUUGGAAUCAAUAGUCAAGAUUUGAAA